AUGACAGACGCCCUCGAUGCAGAGACCCCUCUGAACCCUUCAGAGCUCAGCGUCCUGCGCGCCCAGUUCGAGAAAGAAGGCGAAAUGGUCGGCGUCCAAACCAAAUUCAACUACGCCUGGGUUUGUCUCCCGAUCCCUCCUUCAUCUAUAAUCGCGCGCAUCCCUCCUUCUUACUUACUCUGUAUCAUCAAACAGGGCCUCGUCAAAUCAAACAACCGCAACGACCAACAGCUCGGCGUUCGCCUCCUCUCCGACAUCUUCCGCGUCUCCCCCGAGCGCCGCCGCGAAUGCCUCUACUACCUCGCCCUCGGCAACUACAAGCUCGGCAACUACGGCGAGGCCCGUCGCUACAACGACUUGCUCCUCGACAAGGAGCCCGCCAACCUCCAGGCCACCGACCUGCGCCAGCUCAUCGACGACAAGGUCGCCAAGGAGGGCCUCUUAGGCGUCGCCAUCAUUAGCGGCAUUGGCAUCGCUGCCGGCGUCGUCGGCGCUUUCUUGCUGCGGAACGCGAAACGGAGGUGA